CCGCUCGUUAGAGUAAGUGUUCUAUGUGGCAGUGGUUCUAUGCUAUGCUGUGAUAAUGGAUAACUUUGAUGGAUAAUAUCAUAGUGUUAAAAUUCUCUUUGAAUUAUAAUAAUAAAGAAUAAUUCGGUUUAAAUAGUAUUGUAAAUUAUUUUCAGACUUUAGAGUUAAAUGCCGGAAUUUGCUCCAAUAUGCCAAAAGAAUUUGUGAAAGCCUCCGACGUUCUACCAAUUACUACGUUUGGUGUAUCAAGUCUGAAAGAAUUCCAGAAAGCUGAACAAUGUGUCCAAUUUAUUGAAUAUUUAAAGAAAGCUGAUCUAACUGAUGAAGAAAUUAAAUUAUUUUUGGAUAAUGAGAAAGGUGUUUUGAGUCAACAUACAAAAAUUGAGGCCAAUAUUCUUAAAGAUAAACUAAGGACCCUGUACAAUAAACUCAAUGAGUUUGAAGAAAGUAUCAAGAGCCAAUCAAUUCAAAAUAAUGAUGACAAAGCCAAAAUUCAGGCUAAAUCAGAAGAAAUAAAUGAUCCUUUUAAAUUAUAUCCAUCAAACCACCCAAUACAUAGAUUAAAUGAAUUAGAGGAAAGCUUGUUUGCACACUUAAAACAUGACACUAUAAUGCCAAUUACGAAACGAAGGAAGUUACUACGAAGAUUAGAAAGGAAAAAGGAAAGGGUAAUGGCACAACAGCAACAGUUAGAUUUAAAACCUUCCCCAAGCACUUCUUCUUUUAAAUCAGGCAGUUUAUGGGAUGUUAAAUAUGGAAAUACUGUUACAACAAAUAAUUCAGACAAAGAUAAUGAAAUACAAAGAAAAAUAUUCGGUCCCAAGCCUCAAACUAUGUAUACAAUUAAAGAUAAAAAAAUAGUAAGACUUGAACCAGAUAAAAACAAAAAAGAUGAAUAUUGUAUGGUAGAUAUUGUUGUACCACAGAAUAAAGCUGAGGAGAAACUACUGGAAGGAACUAAAAUGAGCUUAGAAGAUAUUAAAAGUAUUGACAGGUUUAAGGAUUAUCAACCUGGUAAACCUUCAAAGGUUUUAUAUCUCAAAAAUAUUGCUGCAUCGGUGACAGAAGAUGAGCUAUCACUUCUGUUUAAGCAAUUUGAGCAAGAGAAUGGAAUGCCGGUUGAAUUGCGGUUAUUGAGUGGUCGUAUGAGAGGACAGGCCUUUGUUAAAUUUACAAGCGACAACAUAGCAAUACAAGCCUUGGAAGUAGUCAACGGUACAAUAGUGUCUGGUCGGCCUAUCAUUGUACAGUUUGGAAGAAACUCAUAGUUUGAUUCAAACUGGAACUACUUCUGAAGAUUUUGAUAGUUUUGCAAUUCUCAAGAAAAUGUAAUAAUCUCAUUUCAUGGAAGUUAUUGGUUUCAUAGAAAAGGACAAAAGAUUUGAUGCAAUGGAUGGCCAUAGAACAGUCAAUACCACCUAGGAUUGAUAAUUUUUAAAUAAGUUUACCACUAAAAAAACCCCAUUUGUCAUAUCGCUCUUCGAAAACACUUCCCUCAAAGCCUCGCCUAGUAUCGGAAUACUGGGUCUCGAAAUCUCGAGCGAUUGCCAAUUUCGUGGUCAUCUAGAAGGCAAAGCCAAAUUGGCUUCAAAGAAACUGGGCGUCAUUAAUAGAGCACGGCAAUACUUCAAGCCGGCCCACAUACUAGCGCUCUACAAAGCGCAGGUCCGGCCACACAUGGAGUACUCCUGUUAUCUCUGGUCUGGCGCACCCCAGUAUCAGCUCGAUCCAUUUGACCGCGUGCAACGCACAGCAGCUCGAAUUGUCGGGGACCCAGUGCUCUGUGAACGGCUGGAUCACUUGGCGUUGCGUAGAGACGUCGCUUCAUUGUGUGUCUUCUACCGCAUUUAUCACGGGGAGUGUUCCGAAGAGCUGUUUAACCUGAUUCCUGCCACCGAAUUCCACCUUCGCACGACACGCCACAAGUUAGGAUAUCAUCCUCAACAUCUGGAUGUGUGGCGGUCCUCCACAGUGCGGCUUUCAAGGAGCUUUCUUCCACGUACUACAAAGCUGUGGAAUGAGCUUCCUUGUGCGGUGUUUCCGGGACGAUACGACAUGGGUACCUUCAAAAAAAGCGCGUACACCUUCCUUAAAGGCCGGCAACGCUCCUGUGAUUCCUCUGGUGUUGCAAGAGAUUGUGGGCGGCGGUGAUCACUUAACAACAGGUGACCCGUACGCUCGUUUGUCCUCCUAUUCCAUAAAAAAAAAAUACCUGAGAGUUGAACAAGGCAUACCAAGAUUUAUAAACCAUAAGUCACUGGAACUGUUCGCUCAGUUGGAAGAGUGCUCGGAUGGAACCCGAGAGGUUGUGGGUUGGGAGUCCUGCAUCGUUAAUAAAUUUUGAUUGCAAAUUUAAUUAAUCCUAGAAGUAAGAGAUAGCUUUAAAAAUAACAAAUUGUUGAAAUAUUCACAAUAAAAAAACGAAGACUUAAACCAUUAAUAUGAAUAUUCAACAUAUCCUGUUUACAUCAUCACUGCUAUUGCCACCCUAGAGAAAGGUCUAAUAUACUUGCUGCCCCAAUCAGGCUAUAGGCGUUUAGACGCAUUUAUACUCGUAUCGUGUGUGUGGAGAUCUACAAUCUCUAAUUCCUCAGAAACCUCAAAAUUUCUGCAAAUUUUAAAUUCCCUACAAGUGAUAUCAACUUUUUGUCGUUUAUGUUUUUAUCAUGCUUGUACUCCAGUAUUUUUAGCUAAACUAAGAAUUAGGGACAAUUCCCUUUAUGAAUGUGGUCUAGAUGCGGGAAACGUGGAUCAUUUAUUCUUUAAUGGCCCUUUAACGCAUCCUUCUUUGCACAAUUUUAUACCUCCUGAAGUUCCCCGCCCAACUUCCUUUAAAUGUCUACACUCCUUUUGUAUAUAUUUUGUGUAAAUAUAAUUAAAAUAAAUAAGAUUAAGUUGUAAAUAGCACUAAGUACAUACAUUAAAUAAUUUAAGUAAUUA